GUUAACCUCAAAAAUCCCGCUGUUAGAGUUAAGUGUAAAAAUAACAAACAUUAGUUUAUAAGUUUAUAAGUGUAAUAUAGAUAAAAAUCAAAAUGGGCAAGCGACAGCACCAAAAAGAUAAAAUGUACUUAACGUACACAGAAUGGACAACGUUGUACGGGGGCAAAAAAGUAGGAGAAAUGUCCAAAGAGGAAGAAAAUUUUAGGAGACUACCGUUUGAUCACUGUUGUUUGUCUUUGCAACCGUGGGAAAUCCCUUAUUCCGAUUUAGAUGGGAACAUUUUCGAUUUGGAGCCUUUGCUCCCUUUUUUAAAGAAAUUUAAAAUUAACCCUGUUACUGGUAAACCAGCUGAUAUAAAAUCUUUUUUUAAACUCAAGAUACACAAAAACAGUGAUGGAGAAAAUCAGUGUCCUGUGCUAUUUAAAACUUUCACAAACAGCUCUCAUAUUGCUGCAAUUUCCACCACUGGCAAUACCUAUUUAAUGGAAGCUGUGGAACAACUGAAUAUUAAGAAUCGCAAUUGGAAAGAUCUUAUUCUAGACACUCCAUUUGAAAGAAAAGACAUCAUUAUAUUACAAGAUCCUAGUGAUUUGAGCAAGUUUAACAUCUCCAAAUUUCACCAUGUAAAAAAUAAUUUAAGAGUAGAAACUGAAGAGGAGAUCGCCGAUAAAUCAGAUCCACAAGCCAGAUUAAAAAAAGUUAAUCCUGAAACAAAAUACACACUGGAAGAACUCAGCAGAGAAUACAAAGCCCCAACAAUUGAAAUAAACAAGAAAGACACAUCAGAAAAAGCAGAUAAGUUUAAUGCUGCUCAUUAUUCCACUGGCAAAGUGGCUGCCAGCUUCACAUCAACAACAAUGGGCAUUAAUUUAACCCAUGAGGCAGCUAUUGUCCAUGAGGAUGAAGUUAGAUAUGAAAGAGUGAAGAAAAAGGGCUAUGUUAGAUUGGUUACAAACUUUGGACCUUUAAAUUUGGAAUUACAUUGUGACAUUGUUCCAAAAACAUGUGAGAAUUUUAUGAAGCAUUGCGCAAAUGGCUAUUAUGAUGGCACAAAGUUUCAUAGGUCAAUCAGAAAUUUUAUGAUUCAAGGUGGAGAUCCAACUGGAACAGGUACUGGAGGUAAAUCAAUAUGGGGAACAAAGUUUGAAGAUGAAUUCAGACCACAUUUGACACACACAGGCAGAGGAAUUCUUUCAAUGGCUAACUCAGGAAAACAUACAAAUGGAUCACAAUUUUUCAUAACAUACAGAUCAUGUAAACAUUUGGAUAACAAACAUACAGUGUUUGGAAGAGUUGUUGGUGGAAUGGAAACUUUGUCAGAAAUGGAAAGAAUAGAGGUUGACAAUAAAGAUAGGCCCAUUGAAGAUAUAAUUUUAAUCAAAGCUCAAAUAUUUGUUAAUCCUUAUGAAGAAGCUGAUGAACAAUUGGCUAAAGAGAGGUUGGAAGAGGUUCAUAAACAAAAACAAGAAGAAGAGGCUAAAACAAGAAAGAUGAAUGCUGAAAAAGUAUUAAAAGUCUAUAAAAAGGGAGUUGGAAAGUAUAUUGAUCCUUCAGUUACAAAGAAUAGUGACAAAGGUGAGGAGGAACCUGCCACAAAGAAAAAGAAAGGAUCAUACAAUUUUAAUUUUGGCCAGUGGUGAUGUAAUAUAAAAUUAAUUUUGUAAAAAAAUAAAAUAUUACAUAAACAAA